GCUGGUCCCUUCUCCCGUCGUGUCAACCAGGCUCGCCCAGCAUCACCGCCUUCUUCUUUCUAUUUCCUCUGUCUUUUCUCUUCCUCUAUUAUUGUUUUCCUCCCUUUUUUUCAGCACCACCCGAACUCGGUGCGCAGCCACUUCUCCUUCCGCAUCUUCAGGAGGCGGCAAUCAGGGGCUGGGCUGCUCCAUGCUCCGCUGCAUUUAUUUUCUGCAGACCGUGGCCUUAACCAUCUGCGCCUCCCCGCGGUUCUCCGCCGGCGUCGGCCUCUGAGUUCGUCCGUUCCCCCUUCCUCCAUUCUCCUCGCCGUCUCCCACCUUUGCGUCCAGCUGUGGCCCUCACAGGGCGCGGUCGCUGGCUCUCACCUGACAGGUCCCUGGCCUCAGGACGACAGCCAGCAACAACACGUUCCCUACAUGAGGGACAAAGCGACGCAGACCCCCAGGGCCUGGGCAGAUGAGAGGAGGAGGGGCUCUCACAAACGCUCGGCCUCCUGUGGGAGCACCGACCAACUCAAGGAGAUUGCCAAAUUGCGUCAGCAGCUUCAGCGCAGCAAGCGCAGCAGCCGCCAUCGGAGGGACAAGGACCGCAAAUCCCCGUUCAACGGGAGCCAUGCCAUCAUUCAGUCACAGUCACCUAUGCCCAAGACCAUCCUCAUACCCAUCCCUAUAUCCAAAUCCUCGGCUCCUCGCUUCCGCAACAGCGUGGAGGGCCUGAACCAGGAAAUCGAGCGCAUCAUCAUCCGAGACACCCCGGAGAAGGACGAGACCAUCGUUGUGAGUCCCCUAGAACAUGUUGAUGCAUUCCAACCACAGCAACUGCAGCAGCCGUCCGGACUCCAUCUCCCCCUCCUACCUCAGCGUUCUCAACGACACGGCUGGAGGCAGCCCCUACGAUGAGAAAGAGCUAAGUCCGUGCUCCCCACUGCCCAAGUACGCUGCCUCUCCCAGACCCAACAACAGUUACAUGUUCAAAAGAGAACCACCAGAGGGUUGUGAGAAGGUCAGAGUAUCUGAAGAGUCCAUGCCCAAACCUCUG